CUGCAUUAAAGGAAAGCUGGUUGAAGUUAAUGAAGAACUGGUCACAAAGCCGCAACUCUUGUUAGAAAAGCCAGAAACUGAAGGCUACCUUGCUGUAGUCCUUCCAAAACUUACUGAGAAUAUUCUUGAUGGACUCUUGACAAAAGAAGAAUAUGAAAACCUUCUAGAGGACAGAGAAGGACAAAAUGGUUGUGCCAAAGCUACGGGCCUAUAGUCAGCCUAUUGUAUCAACUUUGUGCAAUUGGAGUGUGUGACAGUCGGGGAAGAUGGUUACAGCGGUUGUCUCGCUUUGAGUGAAAAUGGUAGGAUGAAGAGCAGUCGGAUAGAAUAACUCAAGGCGUGAUGGAUAAGAUUGCAUUCCUCAACGGUCUUAUCGACAAUACGUUGAUGAUUCAAGAAACGAUUAGUGUGAGAGAGAUGUAACCUGUAAUAAAGCUACAAUAGAGAAGAUAUUUGUUAGCAAACAUUGUGAAUAACUGUUUUCAUCGAUCACGGGAAAAUGACAUCCGUCGGGGAAUGAAUUAGCGGCUGUACCCUCGUUUUACUGUAGAGCGGGAAAGGAAUUUACCGCAUUACCUCGAAUAAGCGUCCUCCCCCUCCCCCCUUUCAAAGAAGCAAAAGUGGAAUCAGUGUAGGAGAGUAGUUUCUUUUCCGUUCCAGUUAUUUCUGGCUUCAUGGCUUGCAGAGUUCCUUUAUUUAAAUUUUUGUCUUAUUACUGCGCUAAUUCAGAAACGCCUCGAUUAAGCCGAAAGAUUGAAUAAACGUCAGAGCGUUAAUUCGAGAAAUUACCGUACGGUAUAUCGGUGCCUUUAUUCAGUAUUACUAAUUAAAGAGUAACUAAAGAAGGGAUUGAACUUCGCGAACACGAUGGGUAAAAUUAAAAAUUUUAACUAAUUUAAACAAGAGCAUCAAACUAAGCAAUUGCAAUCACUUACCAAGAUGACUGGACAUAAAAAAUCUAAUUCCUAUCCUCCACCCCAGAUACUGCUGACAUUAAAUUUCGCAACAUACGAGUAAGGUAAAUAAAACCAGUGAUUUACAAACGA